UUAUGUCAUCGAAAGCACGAUUCAUAAUGUCAUCGUUUGCAAGAUUAACGAGACACCCGUUCAAUCCGGUUCGCGCCCUUCCGUUGAGUAGGGCUCAAGAGUUGAGACACCGGAGAAUUUAUACACCUACACGUGGAUUCGAACAUCGUGGCUACUCGCAAAAUUAUAACAAUAUUGGUAUAAGAAGCUUUUAUGUGUACGGCUCAACUCCAGGGACUUCAUUGCCUUCUGUACCUCCAUCUUCGUCUCCAUUCAGAAAUUGGAUUCUUGGAAUAAUUUUGUCAAUAAUUCUACCCUUCUUUGGCAUCAAAAUGGGACCGUUACUACAAUUCAAAAGGGAAGUUGAUACAGCGGUGAAGACGGUAGAAGAAGUAGUAGAGGUGGUUGAAAAGGUGGCGGAGGUGGUUGACAAGGUGGCAGAGGAUGUCUCCGACCACCUUCCGGAAGGUGGAAAGCUUAAGAAAGUGGCGGAGGCCGUCGAGGUGGCGGCGGAGGAAACAGCCAAGGAUGCUUAUGUUGUCGGAAAUGCCAUUGACAAGUUCCAAGAAGUGGAAGAGAAGGUCGAAAACUUGGUCGGAACCAUGGAGGAUCAUCAAGACAAAGUAUCUCAAAAUUCCCAAAGAACAAAUGAUAGUCUUCAACACUAAAGGAUCAAACAUGUAUUUGGAUCGUUACUUAGUUC